GGCGUCGGGGCGUUGUCGUCUGCUGCAGCCGCUGCCCGUUGCAGCGUGUGAGAAGCGGCUCUUGUUCCACGCUUGCGAUUCUCUGCUGGCUUCUCGCGGCAAAGCAUUUUCGUCGGCCGAGAGCAGCUCGCUCCGGCACCAGCGCCGCUUCGCCUCUUCUCUCUACGCUCGAGGAAAGCCAGACAGCCGGUGGGCCGAUCUAAAGCGUCCGAUCGUUCUUCGCUCGCGCUGUGGAAGGCCAAGUCAGCGGCGCUCACGUGCCCUAGCGCAGCGGCCGCAAACGUCGUCGCGCGGCAGCGCGUGCGGGUGUGUGUUCGCGUGACCGUGUUCUUGGGUCGUGCUCGCGCUGACUGCCGUCGCCCAGCGAUCUGACCUGAACCGCACGGCAGGAAGAGGUUGCCCGCUGCCCCUGCCAGUGAGAACGCGGCGGUUUCAAAAGAACGUCGCCGGCUAUCUGUGUUGAGUGCGUGCGUGUGCCGAGGCGGGAGUUUUUUUUUUUUAUCGUCGCAUCGACCAUGCUGACUCUGGAAGCGACGCCGAGCGUCCGACAGCUAAGCGCCUUGGCAGCGUGGAUGGCGGGAGUACCGAGGUUUCGUCCGUUCGCCUACAAAUGCCGCCGCUGCAUGGCUUCUCAGCCUCGUCGUCCGUCGGUGGCCGCCACCCUGUCGUGCCGCACCUCGCGCAGCCGUUGGCCGUGGCAGCUGCAACCAGCGCAGCAACCGUCAGCGGCCGCCGCGGUGACACGGUGGCGAGGUGGCUGCCGGCCGACCGUCCUCUGCCGCUGGGCGCACACCACGAGCUCGCUUCGGGACGACGACGACGCGGCCGGGGCCGUUGGAACGGCGACGCUGCAGGACCAGUGGCCCUACCGCGAGCGCAACAUCACCGUCACCACCUGCGCCGACCUGUACAAGUCGUGGCGGGGCACUCGUCGCGGCUACUCCAGCGCGCCCACCAACGGCCUUCCCGUCCCGGUCUCCUUCGUGCACACGGGCAUGGACCGCUCGGAGCGCGCCGGUCCGACGCCGGCGGCCCAGACCGAAGGCAGGCCCAGCCGUAGGCCCGUCGUCGUCAUCCUGGCCGGCGCGCCUGGGAGCUACAGGGACUUCGUGCACCUGAUCCCCUUCCUGGACCGGCAGGGCGUCGACGUCGUGUCGCCGGCCUGGCCAGACCUGGCCUUCAGCCGCCAGUCUGGGUGCUGGUGGCACUCGAGCGCCGAGAAGACCGACCUCGCCCUAGAUUUCCUCAGGGCCGUCGGCGUCACUGAGUGCGACAUGUUGGUCGCUCACAGCAGCGGCGCCUACCCCGCUAUGCGCCUCAUCUGCCGGGAGGACGGCCUCAAGGUCAAGAGCCUGGCACUGCUCGCACCGGCAGGCUACAGCCAGAUCAAUGUGAUGCGGCCGGACUGGUUCACCUCGCUGCUGGGCCGCCUGUACCAGCAGCCAUUGACCCAGCGCAUGGUGAACGCCGUGGCCCUCGCCUUCCUGGUGGCCACGCGCCAUCCGCUGCGCCGGGACAUCGACAACGUGCUGCUUGCCAUGAAGGCCAUGUUGUACGCCGACAAGGCGCAGUUCAAGAAAGACGCCGAGGAGGUAGCGGCGCGCAAGCUUCCCGUCCUGGUGGCCAUCAGCGACAACGACAAGCUGAUCGACCUUCCCGUCAGCCUCGAGACGGUUGACAUCCUUGGCGGGUCCCCUGAGAGCACAUGGUACUACGACCACGACAGACAGCUCAAAAAGCGCGGAAACGGCAAUGGCCCUGUGAAGACUCUGCGCUUCGAGAAGGGCACGCAUUACCUGUUCACCCGCUGCGCCGACGUCAUCAACCAAGAGAUUCUCGAUUUGCUUAAGAGCACCACCAAGCUAUGACACGUUCGUCAAUGUUUAAAGAGAAACGAUCUUGCGACUUCGAUCGUCGGAAGACACUCAGUUCACGUUGCCCGGUGCACCGUUGGUGAUCCACGAGUUUUGUGAUGAUUGCCGCUUGUUGACUCCUCUGCCACGUGUCGCUCGUUUUAAUAUAUUUUUUAAAAUUAUUAUCGUGUCUUUGCGACUUGUCAGAUAGCAGAGCCCACGAGAUUCCGAUCAGCCGAUGUAGUGCUUAUACAGCGUCUACUGGCAGUCGUUCCUGGUUCGAUUUAAGGUAAGACUUCAUGCCGGCGAGCAAAAGAUAAGCGUUGACGAAAACAUUAUUCCAGAAGUUCUGCUCUCGAAUAUUUUCGUGCUGGCAUGUUCACAUGCGGCAACCGAAUUUUGAGUAAUUUAAUCUGCGGGGGAAAAAAAAGUUCGGCAGUAGCAUUAAGCAAUAGGCGAAAAAGCAAAAAAAACGAAUACUUUUAUCUCGUUUUGUUUUUAAAUCCUUUAAAUAAAUGUGAUUCUAUGGGACCAUCCAGACUGUGAAGCGGUACACGUUUUUCGAAAUGUACACGGGCCAGGUUAAAUGUUUAGAUGUCACACUGCGCUUUGCGGCGUCGUGGCCAUAACAGUGAAGAACACCACAGUGCAGUAUAUAUAGAGAAGUGCACGUUGCGAAUACGAGACAUUUCAAUUCUAACGCGACUCGUUUCGCGCGCAUGCGUGAACAUGCAUGCAGCUUUAACGUUGGUCGUGGCCGAGGGGCGCCCACUGCUUAUAUAUGGUGAUCACAUGCAAGUACACAGUACACAUCAUUUUAUUCGUGGCCCCAUUCUUGUGCAGCCUUUUCGCGACAUCCGUGUUUUCGGAAGCUUGUGUGCACCACACCUGUACAUGCACCGCCAGCCUUCUUCUAUACAUUGUUUGCACGCCGAACUGUGUGCGCUGUACGCCGUGUUGCCGUUUAUAUAGCUUUAUUACCUGUUGUUUCUUAAAAACGGGACUCCAUUUUGGCGCCCGACUGUUUCGAACUCCAGUGUUAUGGUGUCGUCACGUGUUGCUGCACUGCGUUGCUACCUCCUCCUUGUAUACUGCGUGCGACGAAACGUGUGACGUCGAGGCGCGCUGGUCUCGCCAUUGCUGAACGUUUCCUCCCACGUGACAGCACGCACUUUUCGCUGUGAAAAAAAAAAAACGCACAGACUCCGAAUGAGAGUCGAAGUGAAUCAAGUGCUAAGUAUGUUUGCAGUUGAACAAAAAGUGUACAAUAAAGGUGAUUUUUUUUUUUUUUUACCCUCAAGUGUUUUUGCUGUGACGAAAUUUCGCGCGUUUAUUUGAUUGCAAUGGUUCGUAUUUCCUUGUCUGUGGCAUUGUCGCGGGCUAUUUGGUAUAUUUGGAGGUUCUAACAGCGCUGAUUACAGGACAAUUAGGUAAAUGUCUAUUUCGUGCUGCGCACGGAAUAUAAAUGCACGAAAGGGAGACGGAAUUGUGACGUCAAUGACAGAGAAAUUUCAUCGAUUUCGGCAGCCAUGCCGCGCACGUGGACAGUCAUCUAAAAAUUCCAGCUUUCUCGUGCAUUAAUUAACAUUAGUGUAUUAAUUAACGGUGUGCGUCCACACGCUAUCUUUUAUGCUUCGAAGAUUUAGCGAGUCCUUUCCAUUCCAUACUUCCUUACAAUGGUUUCAUCGCUCAGCUCUUGGAAGGGCAUUCGCAUUCAUUGCAGUGCAAAGCGAGGUUGCUGCAUGUCCCUGUUUUUUAUUAAUUUUUUUAAAGAAUUUGCAUGUUCCCGCAGCCGGUCGUUAAUGCAGUGGCCCGUGUUUGGCGCUGUUAAAACUUCGAAAUAUUUUCUGGCAUUGAGAGUGUGCCCGAAACUCUACUAGCAGCUGUAAACGCGUUGUGCAGCCACCGGUUAGCGGCGAAUAAAAAUACGCUUCCCUUUGGCCAUGCUAUAUUGCGCAUAAAAUAUGCGCGCGCGUCAAGCACUUGCUUCUCCUUGAAAAUCUGAUCUUGUAGGCACAUG